CCUCGCCGGCGGGAGCAGCGGCGGCGGAGUCGGAGGCGGCGGCGGAGUCGGGCUCGGAGGAGGCGGCGGCGGCUGCGGAGCGCCAACCCCACCCACACCCACGUCGCGGGCCCUGUCCUCACUUGUCCUCUCGCCGUCCCGCGGGAGGACGAUCCCGGGAGGAGAGCGGCCGCCCACGCCCCGAGCAUCUUUCCCCGUCGAGCCGGCGCGGGCUGAGCGGGCGGCAUGAUGCGGCUCCGAGGGUCGGCGCUGCUGCGGGACCUCCUGAGGCCGCCCGCCGCCGCCAGCGCGGCCCUGAGGCGGGCGCAGCCUCUCGCCACGUUCCGCCGGCGAGCCUGGGGCGGGGGGCCCGAGGCCGCGGGCCCCGCUGCCGCCGCGCGGCUCUGCCCGCGGUGGGGCGGGGGCGGCCGGCCGGCGGGGCCCGGCGCCCGGGGCCUGUCCAGCUCGCCCUCCGAGAUCCUGCGGGAGCUGGGCAAGGCGGGCGCGCAGCAGCCGCAGGACCCGCAGGACCCGCAGCCCGGGGCGUCGCCGCCCGCGGCCCCGCCGGCGCCCAGCCCCAAGGACGGCCCCGCGGACACGGACGCGUUCGGCCACAGCGAGGGCAAGGAGCUGGCGGCCGCCGGCGAGAGUAAAAUAAAACAGGGUCUGUUACCUAGCUUGGAAGACUUGCUGUUCUACACAAUUGCAGAAGGACAAGAGAAAAUACCUGUUCAUAAAUUUAUUACAGCACUCAAAUCUACAGGAUUGCGAACAUCUGAUCCCAGGUUGAAAGAGUGUAUGGAUAUGUUAAGAUUAACUCUUCAAACAACAUCAGAUGGUGUCAUGCUAGACAAAGAUCUUUUUAAAAAAUGUGUUCAAAGCAACAUUGUUUUGUUGACGCAAGCCUUUAGAAGAAAGUUUGUCAUUCCCGACUUUAUGUCUUUUACUUCUCAUAUCGAUGAGUUAUAUGAAAGCGCUAAAAAGCAGUCUGGAGGAAAGGUUGCAGACUAUAUUCCUCAACUAGCCAAGUUCAGUCCUGAUUUGUGGGGUGUAUCGGUUUGUACAGUAGAUGGACAGAGGCAUUCUAUUGGCGAUACCAAAGUUCCAUUUUGUCUUCAGUCCUGUGUAAAACCUUUGAAAUACGCCAUUGCAGUUAAUGACCUUGGAACAGAAUAUGUGCAUCGAUAUGUUGGGAAAGAGCCAAGUGGAUUAAGAUUCAACAAACUGUUUUUAAAUGAAGAUGAUAAGCCACAUAAUCCUAUGGUAAAUGCUGGAGCAAUUGUUGUGACUUCAUUAAUUAAGCAAGGAGUGAAUAAUGCUGAAAAAUUUGACUAUGUGAUGCAGUUUUUGAAUAAGAUGGCUGGUAAUGAAUAUGUUGGAUUCAGUAAUGCAACGUUUCAGUCUGAAAGAGAAAGUGGAGAUCGAAAUUUUGCAAUAGGAUAUUACUUAAAAGAAAAAAAGUGUUUUCCAGAAGGCACAGACAUGGUUGGUAUAUUAGACUUCUAUUUCCAGUUAUGCUCCAUUGAGGUAACGUGUGAAUCGGCUAGUGUGAUGGCUGCAACACUGGCUAAUGGCGGCUUCUGCCCAAUUACUGGUGAACGAGUACUGAGCCCAGAAGCCGUUCGAAACACACUGAGCUUGAUGCAUUCCUGUGGCAUGUAUGACUUCUCGGGGCAGUUUGCUUUCCAUGUUGGUCUUCCUGCAAAAUCUGGAGUUGCUGGGGGCAUUCUUUUAGUCGUCCCCAACGUCAUGGGCAUGAUGUGCUGGUCUCCCCCUCUGGACAAGAUGGGCAACAGUGUUAAGGGAAUUCACUUCUGUCACGAUCUUGUUUCUCUGUGUAAUUUCCAUAACUAUGAUAAUUUGAGACACUUUGCAAAAAAACUUGAUCCUCGAAGAGAAGGUGGAGAUCAAAGGCAUUCCUUGGGACCAUUGGACUGUGAAAGUCUCCAACAAGAACUUGCUUUAAAAGAGACAGUGUGGAAAAAAGUGUCACCUGAGUCCAAUGAGGACAUCUCGACAACUGUAGUGUAUAGAAUGGAGAGUCUGGGCGAGAAAAGCUAAAGCAGUGGCGCUAGUUUCAGAGUUCUUCAGUACCUUCCACACAUUGUUAGUGUUUUUACAUACUAUAAAUAUUUAUUUGAGUUUUUUCUGUUCUCAACCUUUGCUGCUGGAGCCAUAAAGCUUUUCCUCUUUUUAUUCUUUGUGUAAAGAUAAUCAAUUAAAAAGUAGAUUUUGCCAGUUUUUAAAAAGUGAUUUAUAAGUAAGUAAAGCAAAUUUGCUUUAUUUUAAAAAAUGCUUAAAAGGAUUUAAAAUUUUUCCUGGUGUAAUUAAAAAUUUAAUUAUAGAGUCAACCCCAUUUAAAAUAGUAAUAGAAAUUUGUAAUUUGUUGGUUCUAAAACCCACACAUUGAACUUACAAGUUUCAUUACAUUUUGUUCUUUUCCAGUUUUAAAAUUGACAUGAUGUCUUUAGUGGCAAUAAAAAGUAUUUCUAAGCUAAAAAGAAAACUUAAAAAGGUAAAAUAAUGAAUCCCAAAUUAUUUAAUAUAGCAGAUUAUAAAAUUAGCUUGUGUUUACACGUCAUGCCAUUUUUAGUGAUAGAUUGGCUUUAAAUUUUUAAAAAUUCAUUUAAAAUUUUAUCAAACACUUUAUAAGUCAUGUCUUUGCUUUUUUACUUUGCAACUCCUAUGUUCUGUCAGAAUUGUCAUGUACAGGAGUGUCUUAUGUUACUAAACAUUCCAGCCAAAGAAUUGCAGGUACAAGAUAGUGGCAUGCCCUCUGCUAAGAAGCUGUGGUCACCAGAAGCAGCGGUAGUGAGUGUCUUCAAGUGAAAUGUUUACCUAAACAGUUUUAUUUUCUAUUAUACACGUAGCCUUUUCUGUUAUAUUUAAAUAAAAUUGGUGAAUCUUGGUUUAACUUUUAGUAAUUUUAUUCUUAGAGUUUUACAAAUGCUAAUGAAUCUUUUAUGACAAAUUAUAGCAUCUCAUAAAGUUUGUUCUAUUGGAACUCUUUUAGAGUACUUGGGACAUUGAGUUUGAAGGUAGUGAGUAUUCUACUAAAAUACCUAUUAGAUCUGAAUCCUUUUGUUUGGUUAUAAAAAUGGAAUAUUGAGAAUCAAAACUUGUUUUUAAGAGAAGAACUAUAGGUUCUACACAGUCUGAUUUCAAAGAAUUCAAAGUGUUUAAAGUCUGUCUUGGCAAAGUGAUGAUAACAUUCUGUAGGACCUAUUCACUCUCCCUCCUUCCUCCAUGCACCUCUGUUCUCUCCACAGUUUCUCACAGCUUCCAGGUGCUUCUUGUUAAUUCAUUUUUAAACUUGUAGAUUUUGAAGGUGCCAGGGUGGGAUCUAGAAGGAGAACUUGAUAGUUUUCUUGUGUCAUGGCAUAUAUUUAUAUGUUAUGUGAAGUUUUAGAGGAUUUUGCCAAGGGCUUUAUGGUGGUUUGAAUGUUCCUCUAAUGUACAGAUGCAUAUUCUAACCGGAUGCUUCUGGUGUGGCCGUCCACAGGAGAGUAGUGUGUGUGAAGGCCUCACCUCUGCUGGACCUUGGGACAGUAUACAUUUCACCAGAGCCAUUUGUGGUUUGGGGAACUGAAUGCCUUAAUUCACAGUUUGCAAAAAAGGCGUUAUCUCCCUCCCCCCCCAUGUCCUCUAAAUUCUUACAUUUUACUAUUUUAUUUGUAGGUUAGUUUUACUUUGUAAAUGGAAAUUUAGUGUUUCAUACUGUUUUCAUAUUUGUAUAGAUUUCAAAAUGGGUAAUUUGUGGCACCUUUUUAUGUUGGUAAGGCUAAAUACACACUUACCAGCAGAGUAGGCUCUGUCCUCUGCUGUAUUUAUAGACUCUUGUUAAGGAAGGGCAUCCAGAGAUUUGUAGGAAGGCAUAAAUGGAAGACAGGGAGGGGUAUUGUGAAUAGGCCCUCCAACUUUACUUUGCAAAAAAGGGGGAAAUCUUUGCCAGAUUUAACGACAUUAUUUUAAUCCCUUCUGUGUUUUAACACCUUUUCAAAUAUAGUUCUUGAAAAGUCCCCAGUACUGUACUGUUGGAUUUAAUGUUUCAUUCCAUUACUGAUUCUUGAUAUUCAAGCACUUAAAGUCAACGUAUUUGUUUUUCUUUUCAUUCAUCAUUAACAUUUCAUUUGAAAUGUAUAUCCUUCUUGAAAUACUUUAUUUUUAGCAUAAAUGUUGUGCAUUUUAAUCUUCAUGUUUGGAUUAAAACAUUUGUGUUAUUUAGCUUUCUUUCAUUUGCUUUGUAUAUUUAAGAAUGUAUCUUUUAUUUUCUAGUAUGCUUACUUUUUGUAUUGUACAAUAAAUUUAUUUUAAGCUGA